AUGGCUGCGUCUCUUCCUGAGUACUACCACAGUCCAAUGACGAAGAGGGAGUGUGAGGAGCUGCUGGGGAACAAGAACAAGGAUGGGGCGUACCUGAUCCGGGAGAGCGAGAGCAUCCAGGGAGCCCUGUGUCUCUGCGUCUACAAACAGAGGGUGGUUUAUACCUACAGGAUUCUUCAGUCGCACGAAGGAAACUACACUCUCCUGACAGCUGCAGGUUUACAGGAGACAUAUUUUAAGACUUUGGAGGAUUUAAUUUUGAAUUACAAGAGGAAGAACCAGGGUUUGGUUUGUCAUUUGCGUCACGCUGUCAAAAAGAAGAUGCCCUGGUUGAUUCAACCCCCUCCCAUACCAGAAAGAUCCACCAAGCCAAGAAUAUCACCCAGAGUGUCACCAGGAACGAUCCUUCUGAUUACGUGGAGGUCCUUGCUGAUGAUCUAUGACUUUAAAGCUCCUGGAGGAACCAGGGGAGGAUAA